AGAGGACGCAGUGUCAUCUAUUCACAUAAUGUGGAUUUCAACAUGCAGGUAAACACCUUGUUCUGUAUCUCACCUGUCAAACGCCCAAUACUCCGCAUUGCUGUCGCUUGUGUGCUCGAGAGAGUGCGUGGUAAUGUAACACGAUGCACCAAAGUAGGAAGUACUCGCCGAUGGCUCUGGAUUUCGUUAAUAAAUCAGCACUGACACAGAGGACGACGACGGUGGACUAUAGUCGAGGGGAAUUGUUCAACCCGCCCAGGGUGCACCAUUCGAAAGUCAAUGGAGUCAGAGCCGUCCGGAGGCAUAUCUCUCCUCCAAGUCGCAGUCUGGUGGGCAUCAAGGCAGUCUGGAGCGAGAGAAGAGCAGGCUCGUUACCAAACCUUGUAGAGAGAAGACCGGAGCCGGUGAAGGUGAUGAACCCCGCCGAGGCCGAGAACGGCUGCCCUGGCCGCGGCAGUAGGAAAAGGGGAUUCAAGCCCCCGGAUGUGAGGACCAUAUUCUCCCCCAGUGAGAGAAACCCCCGGGCGAGGGAGGAGAGGGGGGAUAGACACACUUUCUACCUAGGUCUUUCGGGCGCAUGGUGCGACGUGUGCUGCGAGUACAUCCUCCGCUUCUCCCUGAUGUGUUCAGGGUGUAAGUAUACUUGUCACCCAGAGUGUCGAGAACGAGUGUCGUUGGACUGUCACCCCGGUGGUCCUGGGACCGUUGACACCCCCCUCAGCCAGGACCACCUCAACGACGAGACACAGCCCACUGAUGUGGCACAGGAAAGGGAGUUACGGACUCAUCUCAGCAGAGAGGAGAUCAGACAGAAGGUCGAGCUGUACAACAACUCCUCCAAGGACCACCUCAAAAUGACCCUGAACCCCAGUGGUGUGUAUACAGGGUUCAUCAAGGUGCAGUUGGAGCUGAGGAGACCAAUCACUGUACGAGGAGGUGGGGGAGGAGAGGAGGCCUUCUACCUCCCCCAGGGGGCGACUAACACUCUUCACAUCAGCUCCAACAACACCAUACGACAGGUGAUCCAGGCCCUGUUGACCAAGUUCACCGUAGCUGACAACCCUGCUAAAUAUGCCCUGUACAAACGCUGCCGCAGGGAGGAGCAAGUGUACAUGUGUAAGCUGUCGGAGGGAGAGCAUCCGUUGUUCCUGCGUCUGCUAGCAGGUCCCAACACAGACACACUAGGCUUCGUCCUGAGAGAACAGCAGACUGGCGAGGUCAUGUGGGAAGCGUUCUCCAUCCCAGAGUUGAGUAACUUCCUGAGGAUGCUGGAGAAGGAGGAGACAGAGCGGGUGUGUUCCGUGAUGCGUCGCUACGACAACUACAGACUCAAACUGCAGGAGGCCAUGAGCGCAGCAGGGGGGCCGGGGUAACUACUGCCCCUGGAGGAGAGGAGGAGAGAGGGCUGGGAACCAAAAGCCAGUCUGGGGGACACUGAGGGGGAAACUGGAGAGAGACAGACAGCUGGAAUUAACUCCAGAUUGUACCAGUGGACCCUGUGUGCAAUACACUGGAUGGACAAUAGAGGGCAGCAGAGGGCAGUGGUUCCACUGCAGUCAGCCUGGACUUCAUUCAGGAGCACUCAAGUGACUAGCUCCAUGUCUUUACUGAGUAGGCCUACACCCUGUGUGCCAUGUUCACUCUUUUGUUCACUCUCUUCCCAUCCUUCUGGUUAGUGCAUUCUCUCGUUGUGUUUUUAUUAUUUUAGGAUGACCUUUUUGAACGUGAAUGAUUCAAACCCCAAAAUAAUUGAUUCAAUUUAUUUGUACUUUCUAUUUAAUUGGAUGCGUUGGUUUGUACAUAUUGUUGUUUUAAUUUAUGUGGGUGACGCUUUGUUCUGUUUCUUUGCUGAAAUCCUUCCCCUACAGGGACCUAGUGAGCUCAUUUAUUUCUCUCACAGGGGCGCACAGAAAACACAUUGGCAACAAAGGCUAGACUGGUUUAUGGAAUUGACUCUGUAUUAAAGGUAACUGAGAGAUGGAGAAGAUGAGUGAUUGUGUUUAAACUGAGGGUUGUGAUGCUCUUGAAAGGAGAAGAACAUUUGGUGUAGAGUCUGAGAGUCACAAGCUGUUUGGGGUUUAGAGGUCAGAAUGGGAGUGUUACAGCUUGUGACCAGACGGACAGGUAGUGGAGUUUGAUCUGACCUCUGGACAUGCCGUGAGAAUGGAAAGAUUUUAGGAAGUUGACUAAUGGUUUUAGAGGAGGUAGAGAAGAAACGUAGAAAGCUGUGUAAGGAAAAACAUGAGAAAUUAAAUGGAUGUGACAAACUUGGGUUUUUGGAGUUCCGUGUUAAGAGAUUGUUGAUGCCGAGAAAGUUCAGGGCCUAGUUUAAACCAUCUCUAGUUUAAACCAUCUCAUCUCUGGAGCCAGUGCCAGGCCUGUGGCCACAGAUAACAUGUUUAGGAAUAGCAGCGAAUGACAAUGGCUAUAUUGUUCCUGUUCCUCUGGUAUUCAUUUAACAUGACUACGUCUGUCCUAAUCUGCUGUAGGGCUGGUAAGAUAAAUGCUUUAAAUCAGCCUUUCAUUGCACCAGCGUGGGAACUCUGAACCCUGAAGCAAAGCUGCAUGUGACAUGCUCUGCAUGGAUGUGCUAACAGACCAAAGAAACUAGUCUGUAAUCGUGGAGGUGAAGUCACAUGACCAUGUGUUCAUCAGUCUCCUAGACUAGGAGAGAGAGGCUAGAACUUGUUACUCUGAGAAGUUCUCACAUUUUGCCUCCCUCUCUCUCUCUCAGUACUGUAUGUACAUCUCUACCAGGGUUGUAUUUAUCUUCUGGCAGUCAUGGGGGGGUCAUUUUAACCGAGACUGUCCAUCUAUUGCAAAGUACAAUCAUUUCAAUGGACAGAGCAACAAGUGAGUGCAUUUUGGGCCAUCAACCCUCAGCACCUUAUCAAAACACACUGACUAAAUGCAAGAAUAUAUGUUGAAUUGGCAUGUUUAAAAGCCUUGUUGUUUAUCAGUACUAUAUGAUGAUUUUCUGAUGGUACUGCAUUAUUUGCCAUGUUUAUCACUAUAGAAGAGUAGUGGUGUGGUUAUAUAGCCCCACCUUAUGGAUAUAUGCUGUAACUGUCCUCUCCGUCUUCACCUGCAUCAAACUGUUUAUCUAAAGCCUGUUGGUGAUAUGAUGUGGUGUUGCUUUCUCUUUUUCUGUUCUAUAACUGAAGAUAUUCUAAAAUGUUUAGAUUUAUUUUAGGUUUUGCCUGGUGCAAGCUCUUAGAGGCCUCGUAAAAAUUGAGGGAAAAUGUUAUUGCUAGAGUUUAUAAGGGGUUACACACCCUGAACUUAAUUUGUUUAAUCACUGUGUUAAUGAAGUUAGAUAUGGUAAAAUAAUCUAUCAUAUUUUAGAUCCUAAAGCCAUUAUUUUCUUUGUAAGCCCUGCUAAAUGGUGUUGCAAAGCACAGUGUUACAUUGACAGAUACCACUGGCCCUGUGUUAGCUAGUUAGAGGUCUGCAUAUCUCAGCAUCAGGGCUUUGAACCAGACCAGUUCAUAUCUAUCUCCAGCGCUCCUAUCGGACCAGUUUACUGUCUACUGAAGCUUCUGGGCACUUUACCUUUUAAUUCAGGGAUUUUUCUUUUCUCCAUUUACCAGAUGCCGAUCUUCCACUAUUCUAAUUCUAGACAAUGUUUCAUAAUUAGGCCUUUCUUAUUGAAAUACAAGUGGCUUUUAUGAAAGAUGUUAGGUGUUUCUAAAACUUGAUAUUUAUACAAGCUCCUGUAUGAUUUGUUAGACUGUGAAAGUUGGUUUAUCUUCAAUUUGUAUCAUGUUAUGGGCGGUGCUGUCUGGUUGGCUUUCACGUCUGUAGGAAUGACUGCUAAGGUAACCCAUAUAAAUAUACUGUAAUGCAUGCAUUAUCUACUCUAAUGCAUAUAGGCCUACUAUGUGGCUUCCAUGGAACCGUAGGCCAGUACUGUUGAACUUGGAAAUGUAUGAACAAUUUAUAUAGAUAUUCGUAAACUAGAUAGAUACAUAACUCUAUUUGCCAAAGAUUGCCCCCCCUGUCUCUUAAGCUAUGCUCUUGUAAUGUUCUAUGCUGCAGUGCUAUAUGCAGAGACUAAGAUCUAUACCUGGAAUGAUUAUGCUGACAGUGUUAGUUAUGGUUUAGUACCAGGAUGUGGAUGAACACAGCAGCUGUGGGCACAGCUUGUAGGAGACAGGAUGCAACUAACAUGUUAUAAUGAAAAAGACUUUGCUAUAUUCUAUUUAUAUUAUUGAUGAUGCAGGUUUAUUUUUGUAGGUAACUGUUUAUUUUUGGAUUGUUACCAAAUGUGGCCUUUACUUCUCUAAAGGACUGAAUUCAUCUAUUAAAGUUUCAAUUGUAAAAAAAAAAAAAAAAAAGAGUAUUGGUGAAUCCACUGGUCUGGCCACUGAAUCGAACAUGCAGAACUAUAAUGACGAGACCUGACUGCACUCCUAUAGGCAGCGCCUAAAGGGGUAAGCAGCAGUUGCUACAUAAGAUGAAGUAUUCGUCCACGAUCCAGUACACAUAGCCGUACUUGGGGUAGUUCAUUCAGGUGUUGCAGUAGAACAAGGGCUGUGCAGCAUAGCAGGAGCAUCUGCAGCAAUAGGUCGACAAGACAGCGGUCGCCCAGGUAUAUGUCAUCUGCUCAUAGAUCUCAGGUUUCUACACCAACAUUUCUUUGCCUGUGUACCCGGGAUCUCAAUCUUCAGAGGGUCUCUGGUGUGACCUUCUUCCUGUGGACUUCGGAGGCUGUGCCAGUGUCAAGCGGGCUCUUCAUCAUCCCGCAUAUCUUUGCAUUCAGGUCCUUGGUGUAGGUGGCUGUGACCUCCAGAGCUCAAACCUUACAGGUCCUGCUCUCCUUUCUCUGAGGCCGAAUAGCAUCUCGUUAAUGUUAUUGGGAGGGCUCUCUAGGGACUGGGCAGGGUCCGGCCAGACCAUCUCAUCAAUUGUAUGCAUUUAAUCACUUUCAAAUUCAUUUACGGAGCUAUGGAUGUUAUAACAGACAAUCCAUGAUUAUACAUUUGUUUACAUUGACCUUGUUUACAAACAUUGGAGUAAAGCAAGUUUAUAUUUGGGGUUCUUACAGGACAGUUAAACCACCACUUAUCAACUUAAUUUGUAUUAUUUCCAGCACAAUACCAGUGUUAAUAUGUGAAACAGGGCAUUUCUAUGUUUUGUUGAAAAAGUGAUUUUCAAAUGGUGAGAUUUGCGGUGACGGGGAGCAUGAAAAUACCCUCCCUUGGGCUAGAAACUCUUUGCAGGUUUUGAAAAUCAGUUUUUUACUUUUAAUCCUACCCUGUGAUAUCACAUAUCUUUUAUUUUAUGGAUAAUAGAAGCACACAGUUUACACAUACAGUAUGUAGACACUGGUUUGGUGCCACAGAUGAUGAAUAUGAGGUUAACAAAAGGCGGAAUUGCCCUUUUAAACUAAGCUCAUGAAGCAUUUAUAGGUUACAUUCUUCAAGAAUCAAUGGGUAUAUAUCAUUCAUAAAUCCAAAAAUGGAUGUAGACCGAAAUUGUUGCUUUUGUGUAAAAUUGUUCAAAGGUGUUACUGACUUACAGUUCAUAUUAGGAAAUCAGUCAAUUAAAAAUAAGUCAUUGGGCCCUAAUCUAUGGAUUACAUAUGACUGGCAACACAGAUAUGCAUCUGUUGGUCACAUACCUUAAAAAAAAAAAUGGUAGGGGAGUGGAUCAGAAACCAGUCAGUAUCCGGUGUGACCACCAUUUGCCUCAUGCAUUGCGACACAUCCCCUUCGCAUAGAGUUGAUCAGGCUGUUGAUUGUGGCCCGUGGAAUGCUUUCCCUCAACACUUCAAUGGCUCUGCGAAGUUGCUGGAUAUUGGCGGGAACUGGAACACGUCGAUCCAGAGCAUCCCAAACAUGCUUAAUGGGUGACAUGUCUGAGUAUGCAGGCCAUGGAAAUGUAUACAGAUCCUUACGACAAUGGGCCUCAGGAUCUUGUCAAGGUAUUUCAAAUGACCAUUGAUGAAAUGCAAUUGUGCUCAUUGUCCGUAGUUUAUGCCUGGCCAUACCAUAAUCCCACCGCAACCGUGGGACACUGUUCACAGCUUUGACAUUGGCAAGCUGCUCGCCCACACGACGCCAUACAGGUGGUCUGUGGUUGUGAGGCUGGACGUCCUGCCAAAUUCUCUAAAACGAUGUUGGAGGCGGUUUAUGAUAGAGAAUUGAACAUUCAAUUGUCUGGCAACAGCUCUGGUGGAUAUUUCUGCAGUCAGCAUGCCAAUUGUCCGCUCCCUCAGCUUGAGACAUCUGCGGCGUUGUGUAAUGAAACCACGCAUUUUAGUUGCCUUUUAUGGUCCCCAGCACAAGAUGUACUACCUGUGUAAUGAUCAUGCUGUUUAAUCAGCUUCUUGAAAUGCCACACCUGUCAGAUGAAUGGAUUAUCUUUUCAAAAGAGAAAUGCUCACUAACAUAUGGAACAUUUCUGGGAUCUUUUAUUUCAGCUCAUUAAACAUGGGACCAAAACUUUACAUUUUUGUUGAGUGUGUAUGUAUAUAACAUUUAGCAGACACUUUCACCCAUAGCAACUUAGUCAUGUGUGCAUAACAUGUUUAAGUAUGGUGGUCCUGGGAAUUGAACUCACUAUCCCGGCGUAACAAGCGCCAUGCAUUACCCACUGAGCUACAGAGGAUCUUCAUGAUGUCCAUAAUCAGGGCAUGAAAAGAACAUAUCCAUCAAGGCACCCCCAAAACAAAUCGCAGUAUUACAUUUUGACUGCUAUGAGGUUGCAGGUCCAUAAGUCCAUGCCUUGUAUAUGCAGGCACAUGCACAGAUCGAGGUCUGGGUACCUGAGCACCUGCCCUUCUGAAAAGUGCCCUUUCAGAUUGGUGCUGUUUUUUUCUUCAGUUUUAGGGCUUUAUUCAAUCUGUAUCACUGAAGAGUUAUAGAAUGUGUGAUAGACUGGUAAAAGAUCUUUAUAGUUCUAUAUUCCCUUUUUGUUAUAGAAUUGCUUCCAACACUCUUCUCAGCAAACUGGAUGCAGUUUAUCACAGUGCCAUCCGUUUUGUCACUAAAGCACCUUAUACUACCCACCACUGCGACUUGUAUGCUCUACUCGGCUGGCCCUCGCUACAUAUUCGUCGCCAGACCCACUGGCUCCAGGUCAUCUACAAGGCCAUGCUAGGCAAAGCUCCGCCUUAUCUCAGCUCACUGGUCACGAUGGCAACACCCAUCCGUAGCACGCGCUCCAGCAGGUGUAUCUCAUUGAUCAUCCCUAAAGCCAACACCACAUUCGGCCGCCUUUCGUUCCAGUACUCUGCUGCCUGUGACUGGAACGAAUUGCAAAAAUCGCUGAAGUUGGAGAAUUUUAUCUCCCUCACCAACUUUAAACAUCAACUAUCUGAGCAGCUAACCGAUCGCUGCAGCUGUACAUAAUCUAUUGGUAAAUAGCCCACCCAUUUUUACCUACCUCAUCCCCACAGUUUUUAUUUAUUUACUUUUCUGCUCUUUUGCACACCAAUAUCUCUACCUGUACAUGAUCAUCUGAUCAUUUAUCACUCCAGUGUUAAUCUGCAAUAUUGUAAUUAUUCGCCUACCUCCUCAUGCCUUUUGCACACAUUGUAUAUAGACUCCCCUUUUUUUCUCUACUGUGUUAUUGACUUGUUAAUUGUUUACUCCAUGUGUAACUCUGUGUUGUCUGUUCACACUGCUAUGCUUUAUCUUGGCCAGGUCGCAGUUGCAAAUGAGAACCUGUUCUCAACUAGCCUACCUGGUUAAAUAAAGGUGAAAUAAAAAAUGUUGUUUUAAAAGUA